AUGGCGGGGCUUCCAGUACAUUCACUCGGUGCAUUGAAAGACGAAAACGAAGAACCCGGGAAACCUGCCCUUUUCCGCCCGUACGCUCUCCCUUCCACCCCCAGUCCCCGGUACUACGACCCCAGAGGUCUUUCCUCCAUCGCCCAUCAAGUGAUAUGGGCACCGUAUGUUGAACCUAUCAUGACCAACAGAAGAAGUGCGAUAGGCGGAAGUAAACCCAAAGUUGCCACGCCCACUGUAGUGAUGAAGAUAGAGGAAUAUAAGAACGCAAACCCAACAAUUUUUGCAUGGGAGAUCAAAGAGAAACUUCUUAAAGAAGGUGUUUGUACACAGAGUAAUCUCCCGAGCGUCAGCUCCAUCAACAGAAUUCUCAGAAACAGGGCGGCAGACAAAACAGCGAUGGCCUAUGCUAGAAUGUUCAAUUCUUCUCUUUACCCGUUUCCACCCCCUGUCCCGCCACUGUGGGGCUCUAUGAUUUCCCUUCCGGACCCUCCGCCCCUUUAUAGACAACCACAGACUUCACUGGACCACACGAUAGUAUUCAAAGCUUCAAAUGAAUUCCAAAGCCAGCAGGAGGACGAAGAAGAUAUCGAGACCAAGUCAAAUGAUACAUGCACUUCAAAAGAGGAAGAAUCGGUGAUAUCCACUUCCAAACUCCGGCGAAACAGGACUACCUUCAGUUCGGAACAGCUAGAUCUUCUAGAACGGUCAUUCCAGAAAGCCCAUUAUCCGGGGGUUCAAACCAGAGAGGAACUCGCUGCCAGAACUAAUUUAUCAGAGGCAAGAGUUCAGGUUUGGUUUUCAAACAGACGAGCAAAAUGGAGAAGAAGUCAAAGGUUUAGUUUUCUAAAACAGACGAGCUUUCCAGUAUUUUCUCCAUUCCAGUCAGUAUCAGUGCCGCAUACUUCCGGGUAUGUCAAUAUUCCUAUGGAAGGCAGAGUAUCUGAUCGAUCAGCGAAUUCUCAACACAGCCAAAAAUUGGAUUUGAUCGGAAGCAAAGAGUCGGCAUUUACAAGACUAAACACUCGAGAGGAGAGAAAAUCUGUAUGAAUAAUCGACGUUGUAUCAAUAUCUAAUUAUGAUCUCAUACAAAUACUAGUUCUUUAACCUAAA